GAUCGGAGAAGAACUUACAGGCAUGAACGUCAAUGAUCUACAGAAUCUAGAAAACCAGCUUGAAACAAGUUUGAGAAGUAUACGUCUGAAAAAGGACCAGCUACUCACUGACGAAAUCAAAGAACUUAACCGGAAGGGACAAAUCAUCCAGAAAGAGAAUCUGGAGCUGCUUAGUAUGGUGGAACUGAUUCAUAGAGAAAAUAAGAAUAUGCAAAAGAAGGUUCAUGGAACAAUGGAUGUGACAGAAGGCAAUACAAGUGCAAAUCCUACCAGCAUUGCAUAUGACACACCUGCACUGGUUCAUCUUCAGCUCGACCAUUUACAACCAACCAAAGAUGCACCUCCCGAAAAAUCAAUGAAGCUGGGACUACAGCUUCCCUAGCGGUAACUUCUUGGACAAAAGAUGCAUACACAAGUGACCCGCGGAGGGGUGACAUAGGUGAUCCUCACCAAUGA